CUCCAAGUCCCAGUGGCCCCUGGGCUGGGGCCCUAGUGGGCGGAGGCAGAGGGGGAGCCAGGGGCGGGGAAAGAAGUCCGGGAGUGAGAGAAUGAGGCUGGGUAGCCAGGAAGGCGGCUAGCAGCGGAGGAGUCGAGCCAGCCGAGGGGCUCCCGCUGUGCCAGGCGGGCAGUGCCAAAUCCCAGGAGCCCAGAGGUGGGGGGAGGGCCGGGGACAGCCCGGCCCUGCCCCCUUCCCGAGCGAGGUGCCCAUCAACUUCGGAAGAAAGUUUGGCUUCGGGUACAGCGGUGGUGUCUCGAGGAUGGGCAGGGUCCCGCUGGCCUGGUGCUUGGCGCUCUGCUGCUGGGGCUGUGCAGCCUCUGAGGACACACAGAGCGAGGCUGGCAGCCCGUUUGUGGGGAACCCAGGGAAUAUCACUGGUGCCAGAGGACUCACGGGGACCCUUCGGUGUGAGCUCCAGGUUCGGGGGGAACCCCCCGAGGUGCUGUGGCUUCGAGACGGACAGAUCCUAGAACUGGCUGAUAACACCCAGACCCAGGUGCCUCUGGGCGAAGACUGGCGAGAUGAGUGGAAAGUGGUCAGCCAGCUCAGAAUCUCAGCCCUGCGACUUGAAGAUGCAGGAAAGUACCAGUGCGUGGUGUUCCUGGAAGGACGGACCUUCCUGUCUCAGCCCGGCUUUGUGGGGCUGGAAGGUCUCCCGUACUUCCUGGAGGAGCCUGAAGACAAAGCCGUGUCUGCCAACACACUCUUCAACCUAAGCUGCCAGGCACAGGGACCCCCGGAACCUGUGGACCUACUCUGGCUUCAAGAUGCUGUUCCCCUGGCCCAAGUCACAAGACACAGCUCUCAGAACACUCUUCGAGUCCCCGGUCUGAACAAGACAUCGUCUUUCUCCUGUGAGGCCCACAACGCCAAGGGAGUAACCACCUCCCGCACGGCCACUAUCACAGUGCUCCCCCAGAGGCCUCAGCAGCUCCACGUGGUUUCCAGACAGCCCACGGAGCUAGAGGUAGCCUGGACCCCGGGCUUCAGUGGCAUCUACCCGCUUACCCACUGCAACCUGCAGGCUGUGCUGUCAGAUGAUGGGGUGAGCGUCCGGCUGGGAGAGCCAGAUCCUCCAGAAGAGCCCCUCGCACUGCAAGUGUCCGUGCCCCCCCACCAGCUUCGGCUGGAAAAGCUCCUUCCUCACACCCCAUACCACAUCCGGGUAUCCUGCACCAGCAGCCAGGGCCCUUCGCCCUGGACCCACUGGCUUCCGGUGGAGACCACGGAGGGAGUGCCUUUGGGCCCCCCCGAGAAUGUUAGCGCCCUGCGGAAUGGGAGCCAGGCCCUCGUGCGUUGGCAGGAGCCACGGGCGCCACUGCAGGGCACCCUGUUAGGGUACCGGCUGGCAUAUCGAAGCCAGGACACCCCCGAGGUUCUUAUGGACAUAGGGCUAAAGCGAGAGGUGGCCCUGGAGCUGCGGGGGGACAGGCCUGUGGCUAACCUGACUGUGUCUGUGGCGGCCUAUACCUCUGCUGGGGACGGGCCCUGGAGCCUUCCUGUGCCCCUGGAGCCCUGGCGCCCAGGGCAAGAACAGCCAAUCCACCAUCUGGUGAGUGAACCCCCACCUCCUGCCUUCUCGUGGCCCUGGUGGUAUGUGCUGCUGGGAGCAGUUGUGGCCGCUGCCUGUGUCCUCAUCUUGGCCCUGUUCCUUGUCCACCGGAGGAAGAAGGAGACCCGCUAUGGGGAGGUGUUCGAGCCCACAAUGGAAAGAGGUGAGCUGGUAGUGAGGUACCGCGUCCGAAAGUCCUACAGCCGCCGGACCACCGAAGCCACCCUGAACAGCCUGGGCAUCAGCGAAGAGCUGAAGGAGAAACUACGGGAUGUCAUGGUAGAUCGACAUAAGGUGGCCUUGGGGAAGACCCUGGGAGAAGGAGAGUUUGGUGCUGUGAUGGAGGGCCAGCUCAACCAGGAUGACUCCAUCCUCAAGGUCGCUGUGAAGACAAUGAAAAUUACCAUCUGCACAAGAUCGGAGCUGGAAGAUUUCCUGAGUGAAGCUGUCUGCAUGAAGGAAUUUGACCACCCCAACGUCAUGAGGCUCAUUGGCGUCUGCUUCCAGGGUUCUGACCGAGAAGGCUUCCCGGAACCUGUGGUCAUCUUGCCUUUCAUGAAACAUGGAGACCUUCACAGUUUCCUCCUGUAUUCUCGGCUUGGGGACCAGCCAGUGUUCCUGCCCACUCAGAUGCUGGUGAAGUUCAUGGCCGACAUCGCCAGUGGCAUGGAGUACCUGAGCACCAAGAGAUUCAUCCAUCGCGACCUGGCUGCCAGGAACUGCAUGCUGAACGAGAACAUGUCCGUGUGCGUGGCAGACUUCGGACUCUCCAAGAAGAUCUACAACGGGGACUACUACCGCCAGGGGCGCAUCGCCAAGAUGCCGGUCAAGUGGAUCGCCAUCGAGAGCUUGGCAGAUCGCGUCUACACCAGCAAGAGCGACGUGUGGUCCUUCGGUGUGACAAUGUGGGAGAUCGCCACCCGAGGCCAGACCCCGUAUCCGGGAGUGGAGAACAGCGAGAUUUACGACUACCUACGCCAGGGGAACCGCCUCAAACAGCCUGUGGACUGUCUGGACGGCCUGUAUGCCUUGAUGUCCCGGUGCUGGGAGCUGAACCCCCGGGACCGGCCAAGUUUUGCAGAGCUUCGGGAAGACCUGGAGAACACGUUGAAGGCUCUGCCGCCGGCUCAGGAGCCUGAUGAAAUUCUCUAUGUCAACAUGGAUGAGGGCGGAGGUGCCCUUGAGCCCCCUGGUGCCACAGGCGGAGCCGACCCCCCAACCCACCCUGAUCCUAAGGAUUCCUGCAGCUGCGUCACUGCGGCCGACGUCCACUCCACCGGACGCUAUGUCCUUUGUCCUUCUACCGCCCCUGGACCUGCUUUGUCUGCUGACAGAGGCUGCCCAGCACCCCCAGGGCAGGAGGACGGAGCCUGAGACAAUCUGCCAGCUGGGACACUCUCUCAGGAUCCAAGCUAGGCACUGCCACUGGGGGAAACCUCACCUCCACUCUGCCACUCCAGGCCUUCUCCCCAACUGCAGCACAGUCUCGCCUCCCUUCUCAGAUUCAGUCCAGGAAGAUGUGCCCAGGACUGUGCCCUAAGCCUCCUAUCUAUAAAAACAAGGGAUGGACCAUCCAAAGGACCUUCUUGGAUCUCACGUCCCAACAUUCUAGGUUCUAAGCUUCGGGUUUAGAUUUCACGGUCCUCAGAGAUGAUGGUCUUUGAUUCCAAGGAACCGAGAUGCUGUGUUCUAGCUCUGAAGUGCUGUUGUUGGACACAUGGCCCAUUCUUCCAAGGCUCUGAGAUUCUGUGGCUCUGGAUUUUCUUGGUUCUAAAAUUCUUAGCAAUGGCCCUCAUGGUGUUAAGUUGCAUAGCUCUGAGAUUCCAGGCUCUAAGCCCUGGUGGUUCUAGACUUUAUUUUUCUGGAACCUAGUAGAAUAUUCUACAUUUUAAAAUUCUAAGUAUUCUAGGCAGCAGGUUCUAAGGUAAUGCCGUUCUCAGAUUUAACAGUCUAAGGCUCAUGUUGGAAUACUCCAGAUCAGAAUGCUUCAAACUUUUGUUUUCUUCAUUUCUAAGGUUCCAGUGAUGGUCAGCUACAGUUUCUGAGGCAUUGUGAUCACAGAUUCUUUUAAUACAAUAUCCUGCAUUUCAAGGGAAUAAGAUUCUACAAUCUGAAAUUCAAAAGCUUUAAGAGUCUCCAGAUAGAGUCUAAGCUAUGAUGUGAUGAUAAUCUGAAAAUUUUGUCCAGGGGUCUAGGCUCUUUAAGCUUCCACAUCAUAUGCUCCAAGAUUACAGAUUCUGAAGCUCUAAAACUCUGACACUGGCCUGCUCUUGAUCUCAGGCACUGUGCUGUGCUGUGGGCCUGAGACUGGGUCCGCAGCAUCUGAGUCAUAAGAGGCUCACUGUUAAUUAGGACUAACUAAACACCAAAGUUCUAACCACUUCUAAUGCUGGACACUCUAGGUUCUGUGCUGCUUUCUGCCUUUCCAGCACUUAGUUAAAUGUCCAAGAACACAUAUUUCUAAAAGAUCUUAAAGCACUAAGCACUAUAAUUUAAGAAUCCAAUGUUCUGAGUGUCUAAGAUCCUGAAGGUCCACAGGUUUAGAAUAUUAGGUCUGAUUCUAAGGAUGGAAGCUUGCAGUAUUUGUCUCUUAAGCCCUGUCUUUAGCCACCUAUGCUUCCUCCUCUCCUGGUGUGGGGCGCACCCCACAUUAAGCCUGUGCAAUGCAUUGGGAAUGCCUCCUUUCCUCCAAGGGAUGGGGCACCUCCCCUCCUUUUGGGCCACGGUGCCCCCUUGAGCCAGUCCCUCAUCCUGUCUGAAGUGUGGACUUUGGUGCCUCCAGAGAGGCUCAGAUCACAUAAAACUUUUGUAAAUCACUA